AUGCCUGCCUCCAACCACUCCCUUCUCCUUGAACUUGUCGUGCUGCCGUUGACGCCUGCCUCCAACCACUCCCGUCUCCUUGAACUUGUCAUGCUGCCGUUGAAGCCUGCCUCCAACCACUCCCGUCUCCUUGAACUUGCCGUGCUGCUGUUGAUGCCUGCCUCCAACCACUCCCGUCUCCUUGAACUUGCCGUGCUGCUGUUGAUGCCUGCCUCCAACCACUCCCGUCUCCUUGAACUUGUCGUGCUGCCGUUGACGCCUGCCUCCAACCACUCCCGUCUCCUUGAACUUGUCGUGCUGCCGUUGACGCCUGCCUCCAACCACUCCCGUCUCCUUGAACUUGCCGUGCUGCCGUUGAUGCCUGCCUCCAACCACUCCCGUCUCCUUGGACUUGUCGUGCUGCCGUCGUGCCUGCCUCCAACCACUCCUGUCUCCUUGAACACGCCGCUAGGAAUGGGAUUUGGUCAUCAACUGCCUCUCCGAGUCUCAUCCAUCCGUUUGUCCAAGAAUUAUUAUUUCAAAACGAAACAGGAGUGA